UUCUUCCAAAUUUCAAAUUUCCCAUCCUCCUUUGGAUCCGAACCCUCUCCUCUCCUCUCGUUUCGGGAAAAAAACAAGCUCGAAAAUGUCUGCGUCCGACGCGGAGUAUGAUCUCAGGGCAUCGACUCAGUCCGGGUUCGGAAUCGGGGACUACACCUUCGCUGAUGCUGGAAACCUUGAGCAUUGCACUAAGUACUUGAACCAGACAUUGGUGACCUUCGGCUUCCCAGCGUCUCUCGAUCUCUUCGCCAGUGAUCCGGUUUCAAUAGCUCGCACUUGCAAUUGCAUAUAUUCCCUGUUGCAGCAGCGGCAGCGGGAUAUCGAAUUUCGGGAGUCGUCGAAUGAACAGAGGCAGAGGUUGUUAUCCGACAUAUCGAGACUAGAGGCCAAGGUUGAGAGGCUAGAAGCACAAUUAGCAGCCAAAGAUCGGGAGCUUGCUACCAUUACUCGCACGGAGGCUAAAGCUGCAGCAGCUUUCAAGGCCCAGAUUGAAAAGCUGCAGCAAGAGCGGGAUGAAUUUCAGAGAAUGGUUAUUGGUAAUCAGCAAGUACGUACUCAACAAAUACAUGAGAUGAAGAAGAAAGAGAAGGAGUACAUAAAGUUGCAGGAGAGGUUAAACCAAGUGUUGAUGGAGAAAAAGAAGGAAUCUAAGUCGGGCAUGGAGAUAAUGAAUUUACUUCAGAAAGAAGGACGGCAACGUGGGACAUGGAAUGGAAAGAAGGCUGAUAAUGAUUUUUAUAAAAUGAUUGCGGAUGCAUAUGAGGUGAAGAAGCAGGAGCUGAUGGCAGAGAAUGCUGACUUGCGGGCGUUAUUACGUUCAAUGCAGAUGGAUAUGCGUGAGUUUCUAAAUGCUCCAAAUGGGCUAUCCAAGCAAACUUUGGCUGCGAAUGAAAGAAAUGAUGCAGAGCCCCAACAGUCUCCAUUUGGUGGUAGGACGGAUGUCUUUGACCUGCCUUUUCACAUGGCUAGAGAUCAAAUAGAGGAGAGUCUACGAACUAAGAUGGCUUCUAUAAAGGAACGGAUGGUACAACUUCAAGAUGCACAAAAAGGAGCAGAGGUCACUUCUGAAGCAAGUGAGAGGGAGCUUGAGCUUGAGGCUCAACUUGUUGAAGCCAGGAGCAUCAUUCAAGAGCAGGCAUCCAUAAUGUCUAAACAUCUCGCGAAGUCCGAGAAGCCAAGGAGAGCGAGUGGCCAUCUAGAUGCUGACAGGGAUUCAGUCCUUUCAGUGUCAGCUGAGGGUCUUGUUGGAACUAGGACCUUUAAGAGAAAGAUCUUCAUAGGACCUCUGAGAGAAUAUGACUGAUAAAUGAAGACAACCUUAGACUCUCAUAACUUCCACUUGCUGUUUGAGAAUUGCACAUAGAGAAUUCACUAGAUGUAUUCAUGUUUUAACAUUACACAGCUUCCCACUUUACAUUUGGACUUUCAGUUCAUACACAUGGGUUCUGCAGUUCAGUGAUAUAAAAUUUUGGUACAGAUAGCCUCAUCAUGAUUCAUGAAUGCCUUUGCACCAAAAGUUCUCCAGAUUCCAAGAUUCUUGCUUUAGAAUGUUUGGCCUUUUAUUGGUUGAAUCAAUGGAAACUGUAUUUUCUUUCUUAACCAUGGUGUGCCGUAAAGGCUGUUAUGUAAUGGUAAUGGUGGCAACCAUUACACGUUACGGGAUUGUAAUCACCAUUAACGGCCCAUUACUCCCCCUGUUAAAUGCCGUAACAACCCCGUAAUGGUCUGUUACAAGGCAAAUAUAGGGUUUUCAAACUAUUUUUUUUCAGCGUUACGAGGUAGAUACAAGUUUUUCGGGUCUUUAUUUUCAAUAAUAAUAAAAAGAGACCGUAACGGUCAUUACAGGGCUGUAAAAACUGUUAUGACCUGUAUCUUAGAGGUAAUAGUGGUGGCCAUUAUGGCCACCGUUACCGUUAUGGAAUACCUUGUUGUGAACCCUUCUUUGUUGGUCACCCAUUGAAAGGUUUAGGAUCUUUGAGUCUAGGAGAUUUUUGGUGCAUGGCUACAUGAUGGGGCCCCAUUUGCACAAACCAACAGUGUGAAUGGUAUCGUGCAUCUCUUAGCCCUAGCAUUGCGUGUAGCUCGUAAAACAUGCCUGCAUGGCUUGAAUAUCAUUGGACUGGAGAUGCCCUCCACCAUCCAUUACUGUCUUAGAACUUAAAGAUGGUAGACCACCAAUCUAGGUUUGGAUUAUCUUUUGGAUAUACGCAACUUUGCUUUGAAUUUCAUGAAGGAGAUAUGCCAGGUCAAUUCGUUGGAGGGAGAUUGAAGAGGCAAUUUGUGGCACACAUGCCGAUGUGGGCUGUCAAUGUGUACCUAAUCCAUGGAUACCAAGAGUAUUUGACCUGAUUGUAUUGAAUAUGUAACUGGAUUUUGGGCUCAAUAAUUGUCAGAUUUGGGUCCAGACACUGGAUCCGACUAGGAUCCAGUCGGGUCAGGUAUCCGAAUAUAUGUUUUUUAGUUUUAUUCCUUAAUCAUAAUUAUUAUUUAAGUAA